CGGGCCGAGGACCAGCUGGUAAAGGGCGGAAGUAGCGUGCACAAUCCUGCAAUCAUGGCUCUAGAGAAAAACGAUAGGGAUUACAAUUUGACUGAGGAGCAGAAGGCGAUCAAGGCCAAAUAUCCUCCAAUCAAUCAGAAGUAUGAAUAUUUGGAUCAUACAGCAGAUGUUCAGUUACACGCUUGGGGAGAUACGCUGGAGGAAGCAUUUGAGCAAUGUGCAAUGGCCAUGUUUGGCUACAUGACAGAUACUGGGACUGUGGAGCCCCUCCAAACAGUCGAGGUGGAAACUCAAGGAGAUGACUUACUAUCUCUUCUGUUUCACUUUUUGGAUGAAUGGCUUUAUAAGUUCAGUGCUGAUGAAUUCUUCAUACCCCGGGAAGUGAAAGUACUUAAUAUUGACCUAAGAAAUUUUAAACUACGGUCAAUUGGGGAACAGAAGUCAAAGCAAUAACAUAUUCAGCGAUGCAGGUCCAUAAUGAAGAUAAGGCGGAAGUUUUUGUGAUCAUUGACAUUUAAAACACCGAAAAGAAAGAAAGAAAACACUCCUAUGAAGAACUGAUUUUUUUUCUUUUUGAGAAAAUAUAAUGAUUUAAUUUCUAUAGUA